GUUGCUCGAAUGUGGCAAACUGCGGGAGGAGUACAAAUGGAGAAUGCAGUAUUCAACUCGUGACUCAGUGCAUCUCCGCAACACGUAGCCCGCAGCGAAAGAACACUGGAUAGAAGAUCCUGACCCACUUAUGCGUGUGGGCCAGAAUCAUCGUGCUUGUUACUCUGACGGUUCCUUGUCCAUAAUUUCACCCCUCUUAUUAGUCUGAUUCCAUGGUCGAGAUUCAGCGUACCCAAAGCGAGAGUAGUGGUUCAUUAUCCCCUUCUGCAGAGGAGGAGAGCAAAUACCGCCUUCUUUAUAGUAAAUCCAAGGUCUACGUCAAUCCGACCGCAUACGCAAGAGAUAAUAUCCCGGGAUUCGUAGCUCUUGUCAAGCGCGAGGCUGUGAAUCCUACCUACCUGCUUGCAUGGAUUCCGGAGACACUGCUCUGCGAGAAGGGAACCGACGAAUGGGACAAAUUUGUGAAGAUUGAGGAGAAGGCGAUCUUAGAUGAGGAGGAUGAAGAUGCGGUUCUAAUCGACCUUCCUACCCAAAGACCAGAGUCCUAUGCAUUCUCGGUCCCUCUGACUUCGAUAUACUCUCUUCUUGUCAAUCCACCUACUCUUUCAUCAUGGUAUGGUACUAUCGGUAUAAACCUCAUUAACAGCUCGACUCUUCCGACGCUUCACUUCCACGAUGACGAGUCGCUUUCAAUGACACUACCGUCUCGACAUGCUAAUAGGCACAACACCACUAGUGCAUACCCUCCUACAGCAUUAACAUCAUCUUCUCGACCCUCUACGUCAUGGGGAGGGGAGGAUUUACUCUCUCGUUUAAGAUCUUACGCCCACCUGCUCCGCUCCACAUUACAGCCUAACAUGUUCAUCGUCGAUCCAUCUAAAGCCGACAUAGACACGCACACCACUCAGAUAUUCGACGACGACGCUGUGGAUGAUAUCCUUGCGCAAUCAUCGUAUGCUUCUUCGCACUCACCUGUACCUGCUCACAGGCGACCACGUCCAUUAUCUAAUGUUCCUGCAAAUCCUCCCAACCCAUAUUCCACUCGCUCAUCCGUUUUACAUCGCUCUCUUUACCCGCCCUCCAUCUCGACCACACAGUCUAGCUCACAAGCACGGAUGGCGCUGCUUCAAUCCUUUUCAAAUAUCACUAGAGCCACGCGCCACGCGGCGCAAAACAUUCUCUCACAUCCUCUUGCUAAGCCAAUCGUCCCGCAUCUCCCAGACCCCGUCAGGAGUCUGGUCAAUGUUAAUGGCGACUUGGAGUGGGGUAGUUGGGUGGAGAAAGGGGGCGUUGGUGAGUUUGAGAGUGCGAGGGUGUAUCUUGCUCGCUGGGCCCGCAUAGUGGCUGAAGAAGGUGAUCGAGCACGUAAACGAGAGGCUCAGGCACUGCCCUCUUCCUCCUCGGAUGUCGUUGAGGAGAUAUCCCCGUUGGGCGUGUUCGAGCUCCUUCACUCCACGAUCAACCUUCCCUCUCCCAAAACGUCUCGAGACCCGGCACACCCAAUAGACGAGGCACUUUGGGCGAAGUGGUUUGAUAAUGAUGGACGGCCGAAAGUCAGACUUGAAGAGAUGAGGCGCCAGGUUUUUAGGAGAGGCAUCACUCCUCAUGGAAACCUCAGGAAGAAAAUGUGGCCCUUCAUACUUGGUGUUCACGAAUGGGACAUCACUGAGAGUGAGAGGGAAAUGAAGUGGGAAGAGAAGAGAAAGCGAUAUCAUGAGAUCAAAGAUGAGUGGUGUGGCGUGCCUGAGGUCUUUGACCGACCGGAUGUCCUCGAAGAACGUCACCGCAUUGAUGUGGACUGUCGUCGCACGGACCGCACUCAGCCACUGUUCUCCAGUGCUUAUGAGGAUACCGCUGACAAUGACCUUAAUGGAAACCGCCGGUAUACUACGAUCUCUCCUCAGAUGUCGGACAUCGGUGCGCAAUCUCCCAGCAAUGAACACAUCGAUCGUCUCGCAGGCGUUCUCCUCACGUACAAUUUUUACAACAAAGAGCUUGGGUAUGUGCAGGGCAUGUCGGACCUUUGCGCUCCUUUGUACGUUGUGAUGAGUUCCGAUGAGGAGUUGACCUUCUGGUGCUUUGUGGAGGUAAUGAAUCGUAUGAUUCAAAAUUUCCUUCGCGAUCAGAGUGGAAUGAAGAAGCAGCUCUCGACACUCCAAGAGCUGAUCAGUGUCAUGGAUCCUGAUCUAUAUCGACAUUUAGAAAAAACUGACGGUCUCAAUUUGUUCUUCUGCUUCCGAUGGGUCCUCAUCGCAUUCAAACGCGAAUUCCCUUUUGACGAUGUUCUGCGUCUAUGGGAAGUGUUGUGGACGGACUACUACAGCAACGAAUUCAUUCUCUUCGUUGCUUUGGCAAUAUUGGAGUCCCAUCGGGAUAUGAUCCUCCGGUAUCUUGUAGAGUUUGACGAGAUUCUGAAGUAUUGCAACGAGCUCAGCAUGACUAUUGAACUCGAUUCUACUCUUGCCCAAGCCGAGGUCCUAUUUCUGUCAUUUGCUCAGCUCGUUGCAGACAUUGACAGAAGGCGAGCGGAGGAAGCCACUAAUUCCACGAGUGUGCUACGACGGCGAGGGACGUCUGCCUCAGAGGGAAAUGCGUCUCUGUCAAAGGUAUCGAUGCCUACUCUGAGCGACAACCUCAGGGACUUAUUAAAGACUGGGCGAUGAAUUGGACGAGUAGAUUUAGAUCGAACAUUGAUUUAGUGUAUUCGUGCGUGUGGCAUAACGAUACUGUAUCACAUACACAUGUAUAAUAUUGUUGGCUUCGCGGGGACCUUGCUUGAAUCUGACAGCCUCAGUGUGGUGUGUUUGACCGUGAAGGUA